UUGUGUGGUAUGAUAUGUCAUACUGGGUUCAUGUGUUCUCCAUCAUUAUUUAGAUUUUUGGGGGGGACUGUGUUUGAGAAGUUGAAGGACUACUGACCACUUGAGGGAUAACUUCAGUCAUGUGAUCUAGGGUUUUUGUGUUUACUGCUUUCCCUCCGCCCCCACCAUGCCACAGGGAUCCCUCUGCGAACAGGGCGGUUCACCGCAGCUAAGAACAAGCAGCUGAAACAGAACGUGAAGGACUUCCUGGAUGUUUCCGGGAUCGACAGCGAGGGCCGAGUUUGUUCGGCGCUGGGAUCCCUCGUUCCUGGAAUCCUAUACUCCACCGAGCCGGGAGGUUCUGCAACAGGGAGAAUUACAAGGGGAGGUAAACACAAGCUUCUCAACAACGGGUUCUCUUUAUAAAGAAAUGUGCCCAGACAGACAUUUUGAUGUGGCCUCAGGUGACUUAAAGUUCCCCCACCAGGUGAGCAGCACAGUGGGGUUCAGUGGGUGUUUGUGUGUCUGUUUGUUAUAAAAACGGCAGCGUCAUGUUGGGUGUGUUUCAUCAGUGUUAUGACUCUGUGUGGGUGUUUGUGUUUGUAUGCGUGUACGUGUGCGAGUUUGUGUGAGAGCAGCAUCAGGUUGGGGGUGUUUCAUCAGUGUUAUGACUCUGUGCCCCUCAUCUGCAGGUUUACAGAAGAUGAGAACAAGAACUUGAAGGAACUGUAUAAGCUGCAUGGGCCAAACUGGACGACCAUAUCAGACAAGAUGGGCCGCAGUUGUUCAGCCGUGCAGGGUCGCUUUGGCAUGACGUGUACAUCGGCAGACGCGCUUACACCAGCAGCUGCUGAAGAGGGCUGAGCCUGGAGGAGAGGGCGGCGACGGGACUGCGGUCGUCCAGAAGAUGGACUUGUAUAAGAAACUGUCCUGGAGGUGUGUGGCCAAGCAGGUCCGGACUCGCAGCUGGUGGCACUGCAAGCAAAAGUGGAUGACUUACCUGAUGGGUAAAAUGAAGACUGGUAGAAAGAUCCACGGGAGAAAGAGCAUAGAGGGGCAGAUCCAGCUGAUCAAAGCGAUCAAUGAAAUGGCUUUGGAGGAAACUGGAGACAUUGUCUGGGAUGACCUCACUCAUCUCUUUGGCAACACCACACCUGACUACUUACAAAAUAAGUUCUACAAGCUGAAGGUGACCUAUGUACCAGACUGGAACAGAACGUCUUUCUGUGACAUCAUUGAUUUCCUGUAUGAGAAGACCCUGCCAAAGCUGGAGGAGGACCUGAAAGGCUGUAAGGAUGCUGAAGAGCCUGCAGAGACGCGACAGCUGACAAGCUGUCAGAGAUCUUACCCAACCUCUGAAACACCCCAACGCCACCCCCACUCAUCACCAGAGGACUUUGUGACUCUUUGUGUCAAAUGAGGUUCAAAUGAAAUAUUUUCAGGAAUGUUAAUGAUUGGAGAAAAUAUCAGCUUUAAAAUUCUUUACAUUUCCUGACACAGAUUAUGUACUUUAAUGCACUGUAUGAGUUAAAUAGUAAAUCAAGGAGUUUAUAAGCCAGUGUCUGUUGACGAUUUUUUUUUUGUG